AUGACCAACAGAUCAUCCAACAUCAAUGAUGGGCACCUCGGAUUCGGGCAAGAAAAGGCCAUCUGGUCCGACAGUGCGGGCGCCAUCUUCCCGCUCAACGGCGUGCCGCUUAGUGACGACAAGCCGGCGUCCUGUAACGACGCCUCGUGCCACCUGGGUGACAAGGCUCACGUCUACACUGUAUCACGCGAGGCGUAUGGCCGCGUGCGCAUCUUCGUGCUGGAGAACGCAUCCGGGCUCGAGGAGACCGAGUCGUGGCGUCUGGUAGACAGGCAGCUCAGCUUCAAAACCACGCAGCUGGCCGAGGGCCUCACACUGACCUCUGACGGCCGCGACUACGAGCGUGAGACGGGCAUGUGGGAACCCUUUGACGUGUACGAGACACGCGGGUCCGAGGACCGUGUCAGCGACGCCGUCGUCCUCAAGAUUGGCGCCCGCUGGACGCACCACCACCUCCAGCAGGUCGAGGUCUCUGUCACCGCGGGGGCCAAUGACUCGGAGCCGGCCUGGCAGCGCUUUUCCGAGCAGACAGACGUGGGCAGCCGGGCGGCUGGGGUGCCCAGCAUGAUCCUCUUCAACCAGUCGUUCAACAUCUAG